AUGUGCCAGAAGUAUUCAAUUAUCAAGUUGAACUGUUUAAAUUGGAUACAAUUGAAGAGAAUUCAAUACUUUAAAAAUAAUAGUUUUAACAGUAGCAAUAAUUAUAAUUAUCAGACCUCUGCAUCAAAGCAUAAACAGUCAGCUAUUGAAACCAGAAGAAUAUCAUCAACGCUAACAUCAUAUGAAAAUACAGGCAAUCGCGUAACAUGUUAUACAACAAAUGCCAAAUUUAUGUAUCAGCAAUAUUAUUACUUCUACAAAACCAGUUUUGUCAUUAAGUUCUUUUCUAGCUUAUUUAUAAUGAUGAUAUUUUGUACAGUAAAUUCAUCCUCAUCGGCAUCAGCGUCCGCAUCCGCGUCCUCCUCCUUCUCUUCCUCACUAUCAUCACCACUAUCAUCUAACUCCUCAUCAUCAGCUUUAUCACCUAAACGAGUGGUUCGCGCGCCUAUCACUAGUAGACAUCAGUCAAUAAAUCCAAGAUUGUUACGUGAAAUUGGUGAAGGGACAUUACGUAUCGGUGGUGUUUUAACCCAGUUACUCGAUGCUAUUGAAUUCUCAGUUGUACAUGAAAGAACAGAUCCUUAUUUAAAGUGA